GUGUGUGUACGUGCGCCCGAAAACCGUGUGACGGAUGCCUUGCAUAGAAAAUAAGCUAUUUUUGGAAUAUCAAAUGUAUCCGUGUUAUACGUUCUAUGGGAAAUAAGAAAACUUGCAGGUGCGAGUAAAGGGGAGAAACCGGCUGGACGCACGUGAAUUUCUCACUCAUCCAAAGCCAGGAAAUAGAAAGGAGGAACGCGUUGCCAGCAAGUGCCGCAAAUUUGACUUUCCACCAUCAGCAACCAUCCCUCUCCUCUCUCCCUCUCUCUCUCUCGCCAUCCGUGCUCCUCCUCCGUAUGUCUCCCCACUUGCUCCCAUCCAACCUCCUUCUCCCAGUCUCCUUUAGUGAUCCCAGAAUAGCCUCACACCGGAGUGCUCUCUAAAUAUCAGUGGAGGGUUUUGGAUUUCGGGGUGACUUGGGAGUCGCUGGAGAUGGAUUAAAGACACGGUGCACCGCGAAACUGGAGCAGCACACACGACCACGCCGGGGGGGAAGGGGGCGACGGGACUCGGUGAAUUCACGGAGCCCCCGGGACAGCGGCUGUGACUGGUCCCACCCCAAGAUGACGUCUCCCAAAAACAAAGCCAAGAAGAAACCACCCAAAGACAGCAUGACGCUGCUGCCAUGCUUUUAUUUUGUAGAGCUCCCAAUCGUCCUGUCCUCCUUGGUGUCCCUGUACUUUCUGGAGCUGACAGAUGUGUUGUCCCCGGCGAUGGUGGGCUUUCGUUGCCAUGACCGUGACCUCUCCAUGCCGUACGUGGAGACGGGGGAUGAGCUCAUCCCUCUGCUAAUGCUGCUGAGUUUGGCCUUUGCUGGUCCUGCAGCGUCCAUUAUGAUGGGGGAGGGCCUGAUGUACUGUUUGCAGUCCAAACUGAAGACAUGUCCCAAGUCGGAGAGUAGCAUCAAUGCUGGAGGCUGCAGUUUCAACUCCUUCCUACGCAGAACCGUGCGCUUUGUCGGUGUUCAUGUAUUCGGUCUCCUGGCAACAGCCCUGGUAACAGAUGUCAUCCAGUUAGCAACUGGUUACCACGCCCCUUUCUUCCUCACCGUCUGCCAGCCCAAUUACACGGCCCCGGGAGUCUCAUGUGACAACAACGCCUACAUCACACGGGACAUCUGCAUGGGCAAAGACCAGUAUGCCAUCAUGUCAGCGAGGAAAACAUUCCCAUCCCAGCAUGCAACGCUCUCUGGCUUCGCUGCUGUCUAUAUCUCCAUGUAUUUGAAUGCCAGCAUCAGCAGCACGACCAAGCUGCUGAAGCCUUUGCUGGUGUUUGCUUACUGCAUGGCGGCGGGUCUCGCCGGGCUGACGCAGAUAACUCAGCACCGCAGUCACCCAAUAGACGUCUACGUGGGUUACGUCAUAGGAGCCGGCAUUGGAAUCUACUUGGCCGUGUUCGCAGUGGGAAACUUCAAAGCAUCAGACGAAGAUGCCCCCUCUUUACAGAGACUGACCCCAGCUCAGCAGAAGGAUGGCUUGAGGGUGCUGAGCCAGAGGAGUCAUGACUCCCUGUACAGGAAGACUCCCAGGGUGUCUGAGAGCAGAGAGGAGCUGGGGGCAGGGCUAGGGUCCGGGGCUCGCAGUAAGGUGAGGAGGGAAAAGGCUUCCCUUGCCUCCCUCAAACGAGCCAGUGCUGAUGUGGAGCUCUUGGCAACCCGGGGUCCAAUGGGCAAGGAGACCAUGGUAACCUUUAGCAACACCUUGCCUAGAGUCGCAAACGGCAACAGCCCCAUCUCCCCCUCAGAUGAGCUUCCCACCACGCAGCGUCACAUGACUUUCCAUGUGCCCUUCGACCCCCAGAGGUCCCGGCAGCUGGUGUCGGAGUGGAAGCAGCGCUCGCUGGAGGUCCGCAGCCAGAGCUCACGGGAUGAGGAGGACGGAAUGGACGGGAGGGAUGGAGGAGAUGAAGGAGCAGCAGCCGGAGAAGGAGAGCAGGAGAUGCCUUCCUCUCUUUAUCCCACGGUGCAAGCCAACAAGGGCUCCGCCACACCGACAGGAGCCAGGAUGGUGGUGGCACCCCCGCUCGUUCACAUCCCUGAGGAGGCCUCUCGGCCGCCGCCUGUCUCCCCCAAGAGUGCCAAGACCCGCGCCAAGUGGCUGUCACUCACUGAGGGAGGGGUGAAGGAGCCGGGAACAGGGGCGAUCGCUGUGUCGACACCCCGUGUGCCCAACACGCAGCCCAGCCUGCCGCCCAGCCAGCAAAGAGUCACUCAGGUGAUAGCCAUGUCCAAGCAGCAGGGUCACGGAGUCUCUUCGUCCACCAAGGCGUCAGAAGGUGGAUCCUCCUCCGGCGGUGGGUCCAACUGCUCCGAGUCGCCCUAUUACCGGAUCCCAUCAGAUCGUGACAGCUGCACUGGGAGCAACCCAGGGAGCAACGCCGGUAGUGGGAGCAUUGUCACUAUCGACGCUCACGCCCCUCACCACCCAGUUGUGCGUGUGUCGGCCACUAACGGCAAGCCGUGGGAGUGGAGAAACACCAUCAGUGGGAACAUGAUGGCCGCCGACACGGCAGGGGACCAACACCGGGUAGCGCUGCAGCGACAGGACAAUGUCAAUCACUACCGGGACUACCGGACACUCCCAGUGAAAACGGACUCGCUGUGCUCCUCCUCGGCCAUCGGCAGCGUUGAAGGGGGACCGGAUCUGCCUCCCCCGCCCCUCCCCACCUGCUCCUCCCCUCUGCCUCCCCCUCCUCAGCUGUCAUCCCCUCUACCGCCACCACCUCCUCACUCGUCUCCUUCCCCCUUGCCCCCCCCUCCUCACCCAAGCUCCUCUCCUAUGCUUCCUCCUUUCCCUCACCCUGCCUCCUCUCACAUGCCUCCCCCUCUUCACCUGUCCUCUCAGAUGCCCCCACCACCCCUCCCGUUGUCCUCCCAAAUGCCCCCGCCUCCUCACCCAUCCUCCUGUCAAAUGCCCCCGCCUCCACAUCCAUCCUCUUCCCCUUUGCCCCCACCGCCUCACCACUCAUCCUCCAUGCCUCCACCUCCUCACCCGUCCUGCUCCAGCAUGCUUCCUCCUCCUCCCCAUCCCGACUUACUGAUGGAUGGCCACAGCCAGGCGCUGUCCCGGUCCUCCACCCUGCCUCGUCGGCCCUCUGUCUCCGCCCGCAGCCACGCUGAGCAGGAGCACUACUACAAGGCCAUGCAGAAUGAGCGCAUGUUAUAGUAAAGACACCACUGUCAUACCAACGAUUGUACUUCAAAAGACUCGGCUGAGAGAGACAGUGAAACAAAGUAGUUUGUGGCAGGGGAAUAGAGUUUAAUGACUUUUGAAAAAUGACAAAAAGGUUUAGAGACUCUGAGACCAGAGCAGCAGCUUGGGUCAAAAUACUGGAAAUGAAGAGGCAGCGGGGGUGGAGGACCAAGGGGAGGUCUGGCAGCUCACACACACUCAGCAGGGCAUCUGAUUUUUUCCUGCUAGCACAUACUUACCACAGCGCAGACUCAACAUCUCUGACUGGGAAAAGAGCAGACAAGACAGGGGAGACAAAAAAAAAACCGGGUGAAGAAU